UCUGUCUCUCUGUCUUGAAUCGUCGUCUCUCUCAGUCUCUAAAAUAAAAUUAAAAAAAAAAAAAGCCAAAAGAGAGAAUUUUUCUUUUUACUGCUUCUUCUCUCUUAACGCUUCUGAAUCACAAUCAUGGCGGUCCUUAGAGUAUCGGCGGCGGUGAUCUUGUUGCUGAUGACGGUGGGGUCCAUCGGAGCAGGCGACACGAACCAUGUGUACAGUCCCUGCUCCGACACCAAGGUAGUUAGAUUCGACGGUUUCACCUUCGGGAUCGCUUUUGCGUCGAGGAAUUCGUUCUUUUUCAACACUUCGCUUCAGUUGUCUCCCUGCGAUCACCGCCUUAGUUUCCCUUCCAAUUCACAGAUCUCCGUAUUUAGGCCCAAGGUCGACGAGAUCUCUCUCCUCACCGUCAACUCCUCAUCUUUCUCUCCGGAUAAUGCUGGUGGGUAUAUGGUUGCAUUUGCUGGGAGAAAGUAUGCUGCAAGGUCUCUUCCGGCUUUUGUUGCAAACACUACUUACACUGUAACCAGCUUUACUUUAGUGCUUGAGUUUAAGAAGGGCAGGCUCCAAAACUUGUAUUGGAAAAGGGAUGGAUGUUCUAAAUGUUCAGGGAACACAAACUUUUUCUGCCUCAACAAACAGGAUUGUGCUAUUAAAUCAUCCCACUGCAAAAACCAUGGAGAAGGAGGAAAUGUGGAUUGCAGCCUUGGAAUACAACUAGCAUUCUCUGGAACAGAUAAGCACCUUAGAGCUCUCAACUCUUGGUAUGAGGUGGAGAAGCUUCGCCAGUAUUCACUUUACGGUCUUUACUCAAAUCUCAAGAACUCUCUCACGAGUCAGUAUGACAAGGUUUUCUAAUUGCAUUUUCUGUAGUUUGUAGAUUAUUUUUGCUGGUUUUCUGUAUUCUUUUUUCAUGUAUUAUCCUCUUUUUUAUGUUUGAUUUUGAUAUUAAGUUGGCCUUUGCCUCUUUUUCACCAUAUGGGAGUGCCCUCUUUCCUUGGGGAAAAAAAAAAGAAAAAAAAAAAGAAAAAAUGAAGAAGAAAUCCUCAAGACUUAUGGUGUAUAAAUUGAUGUACUUUGGAAACAAUUAUCUUUGUGAUUACAUAAUGAAAUCUUAGGACGGGUUCUUGGCUAUGUCCUUGAAAUGGUUGUACCUCAAA